AUGAACUCAGAUUCGAUAAUUAUAGAUAUUCCGGAUGUUCCUCACCAAAUAGUGUCCUUACCAGAAUUGGAUAUGACAGAAAGAAAAUUUUUUCAAUUUGUCAAGAAUGGAGACGUAAAGGAAUUAAGAACUUUCUUAUCGAAUAAUGAACUCAAUAUAAAUUGCGUUAAUUAUCAAGGUCUUUCUGCGCUUCAUAUCGCAGUCGAAAAUGAAAACGUCGAAAUGAUUCAGUUCUUACUUACCAUACCCGACAUAGACAUAAAGGAUUGUGUUCUUCACGCCGUAUGCACAGGAAAUAUAAAAAUUAUAGAGAUGAUAUUGGAUUCUCUUAAAGAGAGAAAUUUGGAAUUUCAGAGUUGUUGUAAGAGCAUAGAAUUCGAUUACGGCAUGACACCUCUUAUACUGGCUGCUCAAAGAGGUUCUAUUGAAAUAAUUCGACUUCUGUUAAAAAGGAAUCACCGUAUACCCGAACCGCAUUUGCCUACAUGCAAAUGCAGAGAAUGCAGAAGAUUUCUCAAGCGUAUGGGUGCAGAUCCAACUUCACAAAGAUUAAAUAUAUACAGAGCUAUAUGCAACCCAUAUUUUAUCUGUUUGACAGCAAGAGAUCCUAUACUGACAGCUUUUAUUCUGGAUAAACAAUUAAGAGAAUGCGCCAGACUAGAAAAGGAAUUUAAGAUGGAAUAUAAUGCCUUGUCGGAAUGUGUUCGAAAUUUUUCAGUCGAUCUGUUAUCGCAAUGUCCAAACGCUAAUGAAGUAGAACGGAUUCUAAAAAUUAAAAAAGGUUUCAGCGGUUUGAAUGUAAAAUAUCCGAGAUUACAAACUGCACUCGAUUACUCCCAAGAAGAAUUUGUGGCUCAUCCACAUAUUCAAAAAAUAGUAAGUGCGGAAUGGAAUGGUCCUUGCAUAACUUGGGUGAAAUAUUCAUUAUUUCGAAAAGCAGUUCAUAUGCUGCUUAGAAUAUUGAUUCUACCUAUUGUUUGCAUCGUCAUUAUGAUUGCACCAAAUACUUAUUGGGGUAAACGAUGGCACUGUCCCCUAAAUAGAUUUAUGAAUGAAUUUGCAACGUAUAUAAUAUUCUUCGUUUUACUCUUUACCAUGAUCGGUAUUGAUACGAACACUUCUGAAAGAGGUCCUCCGAAUACAGGACUAGAGAUUCCAAUCGUACUUUGGGUUGCCGGAUUCGUUUGGGCAUCCAUCAGGCGUCUCAUGUUGCUUGGAUUUAAACGAUUCUUUCAGAAUCCAUGGAAUUGGUACAAUAUCAUUUUGGAAUUGAUGCUAACGACAACCUUCAUAUUUUGGUUUAAAUCGUGGAUUGAUAUACAUCACAUGGGAGCUAAAGAUGUCCCUAGACAAUUUUGGUCACCAAAUGACUCCACUCUCAUACACGAAGCUUUACUAAGUUUUUCCGGAGUUCUAGCUAUUGGAAAAAUGCUAUAUUAUUUUCAACAAAGUUUUCAUUUGGGACCCAUUCAGGUCUCUUUAACACGAAUGCUGGUAAAUAUCGCAUGGUUCUUGGCCGGAGUUUUCAUUCUGCUGAGCACCAUUGCCAUUUGCAUGACAAGUUUAUAUUCACACUAUAAAGGAAUGGAACGAAAAGAAAACGGCGGGGAGAUAAUUCUUCAAGAUGCUGCUUUCACUUCUUUAUCUUCUUCGAUGAAGACUUUAUUCUGGGCUCUGUUUGGAUUAAUCGAUCUCGAUUCUGCAGAUGUAAUAGUUGGGAUAGAAACCGAAACAUCACCCGAAGUAAUCAUUCACCACAGUUUUACCCAGGCUAUCGGGACUUUAUUAUUUGGCAGUUAUCAUGUGCUAAUGAUUAUAAUUUUUAUUAACAUAUUGAUUGCUGUUCUAACAAAUACUUUCCAAAAAGUCGUGGAUAAUGCCGAUAUGGAAUGGAAAUAUAUCAGAACCAGACAAUGUGCUACAUAUUUUUAUGUAGACGAAGCCGUACCCAGUCCUUUCAAUUUAAUGCUAAAUUGGUAUGAAAUAUGUUCUAAGGUAAAUUCUGUAAUAGAAGCAACAAAAGUCUGCAAUAUAACAAGACUAUUUACACCACCCAAACGAGAAUACUUCUCUUGGCUGAAACGUUGUUACAAGAUAAAAGAAGCAGAGAUUGAUGACGAGGAAGCAAACAAAGAACUGAUGAGAAAAAUUAUGCAAAAGUACCUACGAACAAAAGCCAAUAUUAAUCACGAUUUACACAAUAUUAACUCUAAUAAAAUGAUAUAAAUUUUUAAAAUGUAUUUUAAUUCGAAAAUAAAAU